AUGUGCAUUUCUUCCCAGACUGAACUGACCUGGAUACGCAACAUGCACAACGGCACUGCCGAAACUCCGCAUACGGCUGAAACGUGUAACGAGACUUUGUCCGCACAGCCACCGAGCUCCGAGUUUUCACUGGGCGUGUUGGUGCUGCUGGCUUUCCUCAUGGUGUUGCUAGCUCUGGUCACCAUCCUCGGAAACGUCCUGGUGAUCCUUGCUUUCAUCAUGGACAGAAACCUCAGGCAUCGGAGUAACUAUUACUUUCUCAAUCUUGCUAUUUCUGACUUUGCAGUGGGUGCGUUCUGUAUGCCUUUGUACGUCCCUUAUGCCCUGACAGGGACGUGGCACUUGGGAAGAGGCCUGUGCAAGCUCUGGCUAGUUAUGGACUAUCUCCUGUGCACAGCUUCAGUGUUUAGCAUCGUCCUUAUCAGCUACGACCGUUUCCUGUCAGUUACAAAAGCUGUAUCUUACAGAGCCCAGCAGGGAAUACUGUCCAACCCUGUCGUCAAGAUGGUGGCCAUCUGGGUCUUUGCCUUCCUCCUCUACUGCCCGGCUAUCCUCUUCUGGGAGCAUGUGGCCGGCCACAGCGUGGUAGCGGCGGGUCAGUGCUACGCCGAGUUCUUCAACAACUGGUAUUUCCUCCUGUGCGCAUCCACCCUGGAGUUCUUCGUGCCGCUGCUCUCGGUGACCUACUUCCACAACAUCCAGAGGCCCCCGCGGCACGGCAGCACGAAGGACUGCGAGCCUCUAAGGAGCGGCAGCCUGGCCUGGGGAUUUUGCCUCUUGCCGGCGCCAGGAGCAUCUUCUCCUCCAUUGGAAGCAGAAGACAGUGUUUCUUCCUCCACAAGGCCAAAGAAAGAGUCUUUGGUAACUGAGAGCUCAUCUCCAACCAGAGGCAAUUCUGUAACCCCAGAAAAGGACUUCUCUGUUUCUUUCUGUUCAAGGACUGGGUCAAAACUGCAGCGGGACAAGAAAAUAGCGAAGUCGCUUGCCAUAAUUGUGUGUGUCUUUGCCGUCUGCUGGGCCCCAUACACUUUACUAAUGAUUAUUCGUGGGGCCUGCCAAGGAAAGUGCAUCCAUAACUCCUUGUAUGAAAUAACCUUUUGGCUUUUGUGGCUCAAUUCCUCUUUGAAUCCAUUUCUCUACCCUCUCUGUCAUAUCAGGUUUCGAAUGGCUUUCAUGAAAAUAUUAUGUCCCAAAAAGUUUGCAACAUUGAGAUCACGUAACACAUCUUAG